CCGUUACACUACAGAGCCGGUGUGGUCAGCCGCGGCAAUCAUUUACUACCAACGAGAAAGUAGAUUGAACCACCUAUUUCUUCGUCACUUCAUCUCUACUCUUCAGUCAUUGACACGACUCAACGGACAAUAGCAUCCAAGAACCAGCACGUUACAACCAUGGAAAACGGGAACCAGUCAGAAGGCAAAGAUCCUUCGACUUUCCUCGGCGAAAUAACCGGAGCUCCCGUGACAGUGAAGCUCAAUUCUGGUGUUGUCUACCAAGGCGAACUUCAAUCUGUUGAUGGAUACAUGAAUAUCGCAUUAGAGAAAACAGAAGAAUAUGUUAAUGGGCAAUUGAGGCGGUCUUACGGUGACACUUUUGUCCGUGGAAACAAUGUGUUGUACAUCGCGGCACGAUAAUCUCUGAAUAUCCCUCGCCAAAUAAGACCACCUACCUCCCUAUCGUGAAUUCGCAGCUACAGUCAACGAGACUGGUUAGACGCCGAUUAGACUACGAUGAAAAGACGGAAUCGGCAUGAUUCAGUAAUCGCCCUCUGGCCUUGCGCUUAGCUCUAGAAAACAAUACUCAGUACUUCAGUGACGAGUUUGAGAGAAUGCACUGGAAGAUCAAAUGUUGAUUUUUAGUAUCUGAAGAGUGAUAUUGUGAUACUGGUCAGUGACUUUUGGGAUGGCGCGGUACUCUCCUAGAUAUUAUACACGAGGCCAUGACAGUUGAGAGAUAAAGAUGAAUUCGUGGCAAGGAAACAGACAGUAGGACUUAUUCCAUAAUAAAUGAUAAAUGUGAGAGAAGCUGAGUGCAAAGAAACCCCACUGUGGUAUAUGCCCGAAAAUUCGCCAUCGGCCCAGUCAGGACCUUUGUAAAUAGCAUGUGGCCCGUUG